CAGUUGCGUUUUCUUUAUGUAUAAUUUCUUAAUUUUUUACCGCAACCACCCACAUCCACAUAAAGAAUGCCACCGACCGAGACACUACGUGCCGGUGGCGGCAGCGAGCGCGAACAGACGUACAUCAUAAGGCAAAGCAACAAAUGCUACGAACAUCGCGAUUCGCAGGCCACAGCGAUGUCAGUUGAUUAUACCGGACAGUGGGUGUUGCUGGCGGGUCGGGGACAUUUUGCAUUGCAGCGCUUAGGCCAAGAUGAUGGUACACUGCGUCGCCACGAGCGCCAAUCCAAAUACGAGGUGUCCGUGGCCGAGUUCGCCGUAUGUCCGAGCAGCAAAGAGUACUGCGCCAUAGCCACUAGCCAGCACAUAGACAUUGUGCGUUGGGGUCCAGCAGAGCCCUUCUAUGAAAACUCGUUACGCGGCCACACACGCACUGUUACCGACAUAGACUGGCACGGCAAGAAUCCCAAUUUGCUCGUCAGUUGCUCCAUUGACACGUUCUCACACAUUUGGGACUUGCGUGAGCCUCGGAAGCCGGCGCUCUCACUCAACGCCGUUUGCAUGUCGGGCGCCACCCAAGUGGGCUUCAAUCGCGUUUCGGGCAAUUUGCUGGCUGCCGCCCAUGAUGGAGACCUGCGCAUUUGGGACAUACGCAAGGGCAGUUGUCCAACACAUUAUAUUACUGCGCAUUUAAAUCGGGUCCACGGCAUCAAUUGGAGUCAUCGACGGGAGACUUGUCUGGCCACAGCCAGCCAGGAUGGCACCGUCAAGUAUUUCGAUGUGUGCAAUCCACGGCGAGCGGAAAAGAUCAUAACGACGCUAUCGCCGGUGUGGCGGGCACGCUAUACGCCGAUUGGAAAUGGUUUGGUUAGCAUUGUGGUGCCGCAUUUGGGUCGUGGCGAGAACAGCUUGCUGCUUUGGAGCAAUAGCAAGCAAACGGAUCCAAUUUGCAGCUUUGUGGGACAUACGGAUGUUAUUCUGGACUUUGCCUGGCGACCAAAUCGGGAAAACUUCUCCGAAAUUGAGCUAGUGACCUGGUCACGUGAUCGUACGCUGCGCGUUUGGAAAAUUGACGACACUAUGUUGAAACUUUGCGAACCAUCGGCCGAUGAGGACGAGGAGACACGCUACGAUGAUGUGCCUGAUUUGCCGGCCACAACACCGCCGGAAUAUCUCUGCCCUCUGCCUCCGCGCAAUGGUUCACUUCAGGCACCAACAAUCCUGCAACCAGAUCUGUAUCCCCGUGUUGCUGCCUCGCUACCCAUUGCCACAGGCGAUAUGUCCGCAUUGCCGCUGGCGCGUUCGCCUACAACACCGCAUUACAGCUUUCCACGCAAGGACGAUCUGCAUAUCGCCCGCUCGCUGACAGAUCAGCCCACCUGUUCGCUUCACCAUGAGUUCUCGCUGCUAAACACAAACAUGCCGCAUGUAGAGGUCGAUAUACUGGAUGCCAUAAAGCGUUACGCUUGCUUCAAGAUCUAUGCAGGCGGCCACACAGUUGUACUGCAAGUCACCUUUCCCACAUCUUAUCCAAGUCCAAACGUAACGCCCGAUUUUCAAUUGUGUCAGGGCACCACGUUGUCCAGCGACGUGAUUGCAAUACUCUUGAAGGUGCUGCGCACAAAUUCGUUGCAGCGUGUGAAAAAAUCACGCACCUGUCUGGAACAAUGUCUGCGCGCCCUGGUGGUGGCCAUGAAGAAGAGCAUCAGCAGUGGCGGAGGCGGCAGCGGAGCGGACAAGUGUCAGCUGCAUUUGCAAUCGCCCCGACUGGAUGGCGCGCUAAGCAGCGCUCUUCACGAUGCCUGCAUACCCUUUCCACGCACCUCGGGUGUGCAUUUCAAUGCCGUUGGCAUGUUGACCACCUUCGCGCAGGUGUUGAACAGCAAACGACUGACGUUGCGUCAUCAUCAGGCCUACACGCCGCGCACGUUGUCGGCCAUCAAUGGCAGCGGGCUGCUGGGCAAUGUGAUGGGUCCACAGCCGGUGUUAUAUCCACAACGAGAUGCCAAUGCCUCGCUGUAUUUGCAGGAGCGUAUGAUUACAGGAAAACCGGGCAAAAAUCGGGCAAUGCAAAAGGCUGCGGGCAGCAGUCCCAGCACGCCUGUAGUGCACAUCUACGAUGCGAGCCGUUUGCUGCAUUUGAACCGGCAAAUGGCCAUAGAACUGUCUCUGGACAAACAAGACAUUGCCCAGACCUGUCGUCAAAAUGGUGAAGUGUGCGCCAAGUACGAGCGAUAUGACUUGGUGCCGAUUUGGCUACUGGCCGAGCUCAUUGCCACGCCGCAUGUCCCGGACGAAAACAAGUACGAGCUCCUCUUCUACAAGGAUCCCUUCAAGAAAUACCUGCUGGAAUCUCUGAUUAUGCACUAUGCCACUGCUGGGGAUGUGCAAACCGCUGUGUUGCUCGCCUGCCUCUUCGACAAAUGUCCCAGCGGACUGGACAGCCUGGACAAGGACAGUUUGCUCAAUUAUCCGGGCAAGCUGCCGCCUCAACUGACAUCACAAUUAUCGCCUUAUCACACUGUGGUACCCUUAGACUUUAAGUCCUCGGCACAGGUGCGCUCUGUUAGUGGCACGUGGCAACAAUUAAAACAGCUGCGCAGCAAUUCCUGGUCCGAUUCGCUGGACUGGGUGGAUGUGAAGCUUUUCCAAGCCGAUGCCUAUGCCUGUUCGCUGAUACGCCGCACCAAAAUGCCGCUUUUUGAUCAGUUCAAACGCGUCUACGCCGAUGUUCUCUUCUGCUGGCAGUUGCUCUCCAAACGAGCGCUCAUCUUGAAGCACACGUUGUACACACCGCCGCCGGCCCAGGGUGUUGAAUUUGUGACCGAAUGCACCGGCUGUGCUAAGCCGAAACGCACACCCAAAUGUGAGCCCUGCAAGCGUCCUGUCCUCUAUUGCACCCUCUGCUGUCUUCCUGUGACGGGAGAGGCAAAUGCGUGCCUUGCCUGCGGACAUGGCGGCCACAUACAGCACAUGCUCCAAUGGUUUGAGAAUCAUAACGUCUGUGCCACGGGCUGUGGCUGCCAAUGUCUACAACGCACGAGCGAACUGCUGGAACACAUCUACUGACCUGAAGCUGAACUUGUGGCGAUUCAUUUAACAUUGCACAUAACUUUUUUGACGCUGUGGAAAUCAAAAUACAUGUUAAACAACUGUUUUUUAAUCUUAAGAUGAAAGUUUUGUACUAUAUAUUUACAUACGACAAAUACA